AUUUAUUUUUUAACUUAAACUUUCAUCUUUAAUUGAGAAAAAUAUAUUUUUCUUUAAAGGUUUCACAUUUCAUUGUUUAUCAAAACAUCCGCAUGUCUGAUGGUUUCACUUUCUUUUUUUCUAAACUGAAAGUGAAUGCAUUAUUGGUUCAGUUCACAGGUAGAUAUAUUGGUCCGCUUUCCAACUUUCUGAUUCAUGUUUGUAGCAGACGAACUGAACAAGGAGCCUUCAUCAGGAUGCAGGACAACCAAAGCAGCGGACAGUACGACGUUAACGAUGCGACGCUUAAAUUUGUCAGACGGAGAGACGACAUAACUUUAGAUGAUGACCCCAGCAUUCUGAGAGCAGAGAUGUCUUGUGGCCAUGCGGUGUCCCCAGAAUCACUGACUGCCUGGUGUCGCUCUCUGCUGGACCAGGGUCAGUAUAAAUUUUACUGUCCAGCUAUCACACACGGGACAGUAAAAUGUAACGCAGAGUGGCCGUAUUUGGAGGUCAGGAAACUGGCAGUGCUUAGUGAUUCGGAGCAGGCUCAUUUCGAGGAGAAUAUGGCUCUUAUGGCAGCAUCUGAGUACUGCGAGUUCAAAUCAUGUCCAAGCUGUGGGUCCUACGUUGAGCGAGCAGACCUGACUAACCUCUGCGUGAGAUGCACCAUCUGCACAGCUGUCAAAAAGAAGAGCUACCAGUUCUGCUGGCAGUGCAUGAGAGAAUGGAAAGGAGCAGCUGCUCACGCUCUCCGCUGUAGUCAUGAAGACUGUGUCAACCCAGAUGUUGACAAGCUAGCAAAAUGCACAAAUAUGAGGCUGUCUUAUGUGAACAAUGUAGAGUGUCCUGCCAUCCGAGCCUGCCCCACCUGCGGACUCCUUCUGGAACACAACGGGUACGCUUGUAAGAACCUCAUGUGUAAGCGCUGCAAGGUGGAGUUUUGCUUUCUAUGCUUAAAGCUGAAGCGUGUUUGCAAUCCGAUCAGUGGACCUUAUAAUGUCUGCUCAGUUGCACCACGGCAGACUGAGAUUCCAGUUUGGAAAAGAUAAUCUUAGAGAUAGGAUUGAUUAACUUGAAGGAGAUAUGACUCACUUUGUAAACACACAGGUAAUUGUAAAUACAGCUCCUUAAGUUGCUAUAAAAAUAUUUUUAAAUGUGAAUACUCAUUUCCGUCAUGAUGCAUCAUUGUCAAAUAGGCUACUUCAACAGUAGUGUUAGUUUUUUCUAAAAUAAAAAAUAUAACUAAUGCAGUGUGCACCAUUAAAUAACUUUAAAUAGAUUUUCCAUUUGGAAUGUAUCUGUGAUAGACAUUUUUUCUGUAGAUUUGGCUCAGGAUGAUCAUGCUGUAAAAAAAUAAAUACAAAUCUGUAGUUUUUACUAAAUAAUUUUGGCUGUGGUUGCCAGAAUAAUUUUGUAAAAAAUACAGAAAAAGUGUAAUUUGCAAACAAGGAAAUUUGAAUGUAAACCACUAAAUUCAACAACACACUGCUAUUAAAAUCUGUUUUGUAGCUUUAGCACACUGACAACCAGCAUAAUAAUGCAGGCGGUAAAAGAGAGCGCCACAUGAAGAAUCAAAGCUCAUCACACGUAGCUUCGCCACAAGCAGAAGUAUAUACUGAUAUACAGAAGGUGCUCAGAGUCAUUCAUGCAAACACAGAACACCAUCACAGUGACACACAUGACACUUAAAUAAUGCAAUAAACAUUCAUUAAACAACAGAAGAUGUAACAUAAAGCCCAAAUGCACAUAACUGAUAACAAAAACUAUUAAAAAACAUGAUUAUUUAAACAAAAUACUUUCAAAUGUGGAGUGUCACGCAGGGAAUUCUGGGAAUAUCAGUUUACAGUUUUUUACUGUAAAUUAUACAUUGAUUUGUAAUUUUUUACUUCUAAAAACUGUACAACUAACAGUAUUUUACUGUAUAAUUACAUGAAAUGUCUGGUUAGAUCUUUUACAGUUUUCCCCUGUAUAUAGUACGGGAACUUACUGUUAACCUAUUAAUAGUUUUUUUCUGUAGCGUUUCUACAACAUUUUACAGUUAAAAUACACUUAUUUUUUACAGUGUAUUUACAGUAUUGUUCUGAAAAAGAAUUUGUCAGGAUGGUUUUGCAUUAAUAUUACUGCUGCACUACUGUGUAUGUUGCAUUUUACUUCUGAAUAUGUUCAAGGUAAUUAAAUUUAAAGUUGCCUACUUCAUACUGUUGGGUACUUUAAUCGACAACAAUGUAUCAUGUUGUAAAAUACCAUAUUUUUGAAAACUUAGUAUUUCACAUUUGUAUGAGAAUACUUGAUGAAUGUACUGUCAGGACGGCAGCUCUCCUCUUGCACCGUUGCUAUGCGACAGAGCGCUAAAACACAUUUUUUAUAUAUUUUACACAUUUAUAAGUUAUACUUGUAUGUAAUAAAAAUUGAUUUUAAUUUCUAUAUUUGGUUCAUACAUAUUUAUAUUAAUUAGUAUAUUUAUAUACUGUAUAUUUAUGAGUAUUGUGUUGUGAGGAUCUGAUGUGUUUCUAGCGCCGCCUAGCGACCGUUAAACAGCAUCAUCCUCACACCGAACCAGGACUGAUUUAACCAGAUAACAUUAAAGCACUUCUCAAACCA